AUGACGAUGCCAACGUGCAAGAGCGAGACCGGGGCGACGAUGACGAGCCAAUCGAUGCGUGCCGCGCGCGACCACACUUUCACCGCCACAAGUGUGAGAGAGACGCCGAGGCAGAGAUACCAGGCCGCCAGGGAGAGGUAUCGCAGCCGGCGUGACCCAGGCGGCGCUCCGUCGUCGACAUCUCCAGGCGGGCUUGAAGGAAGAUCUCUUGCCGGAAGUUGUUUCGCCAACCAGGCCGAGGCGUACGCGAAACCGCUUGGGGGCGGCGGGCUCGGGGGCGGCGGCGAGGGCGGCGGCGGCGACGGCGGUGGAGGUGAGGGCGGCGGCGAGGGCGGCGGUGGCGAGGGCGGCGGCGGAGAAGGUGGAGGCGGCGAGGGCGGCGGCGGCGAGGGCGGCGGCGGGCUCGGGGGCGGCGGCGACGGAGGCGGCGGGCUGGGCGGAGGCGGCGAGGGCGGUGGCGACGGAGGCGGCGGCGAGGGCGGGGGAGGCGAGGGCGGUGGUGGAGACGGAGGCGGGCUCGGAGGCGGCGGGCUCAGUGGUGGGGGUGAGGGCGGUGGUGGGCUUGGGGGAGGCGGCGACGGCGGCGGAGAUGCCCAGGCGGAGGGAGGCGGCGGCGAGGGCGAGGCGGACGGUGGCGGGGGCGACGGUGAGGUGAAGGGAGGCGGCGGCGACGGCGAGGCGGAGGGAGGCGGCGGCGGGGGCGACGCGGACGAUGGCGGCGGAGAUGCCCAGGCGGAGGGAGGCGGCGGCGACGGUGAGGUGGAGGGAGGCGGCGGCGACGGCGAGGCGGAGGGAGGCGGUGGUGACGGUGAGGCGGAGGGAGGCGGUGGUGACGGUGAGGCGGAAGGAGGCGGUGGCGAGGGCGAGGUGGAGGGAGGCGGCGGCGAGGGCGAUGCCGAGGGUGGUGGCGGAGAUGGCAAGGCGGAGGGAGGCGGCGGCGAGGGCGAGGCGGAAGGAGGCGGCGGCGAGGGCGACGCGGACGGCGGCGGAGGAGAUGGCGAGGCGGAGGGAGGCGGUGGUGACGGUGAGGUCGAGGUGGGCGGCGGCGGCGGCGAGGGCGAGGCGGACGGUGGCGGGGGCGACGGUGAGGUCGAGGGAGGCGGCGGCGACGGCGAGGCGGAGGGAGGCGGCGGCGGGGGCGACGCGGACGAUGGCGGCGGCGAGGGCGAGGCGGAGGGAGGCGGCGGCGGGGGCGACGCGGACGAUGGCGGCGGAGAUGGCGAGGCGGACGGUGGCGGCGGCGACGGUGAGGUGAAGGGAGGCGGCGGCGAGGGCGAGGCGGAGGGAGGCGGCGGCGGGGGCGACGCGGACGAUGGCGGCGGAGAUGGCGAGGCGGAGGGAGGCGGCGGCGAGGGCGAGGCGGACGACGGCGGCGGCGACGGCGAGGCGGAUGGAGGCGGCGGCGACGGUGAGGUGAAGGGAGGCGGUGGUGACGGUGAGGUCGAGGGAGGCGGCGGCGAGGGCGAGGCGGAGGGAGGCGGCGGCGGGGGCGACGCGGACGGUGGCGGGGGCGACGGUGAGAUGAAGGGAGGCGGUGGCGAGGGCGAGGCGGACGGAGGCGGCGGCGAGGGCGAGGCGGACGGAGGCGGCGGCGACGGCGAUGCUGAGGGCGGCGGGGGCGACGGCGAUGCUGAGGGCGGCGGGGGCGACGGCGAUGCCGAGGGAGGCGGCGGCGACGGCGAGGCGGACGGCGGCGGCGGCGAUGGCGAGGCGGACGGCGGCGGCGGCGAGGGCGAGGCGGACGGUGGCGGGGGCGACGGUGAGGUGAAGGGAGGCGGCGGCGACGGCGAGGCAGAUGGAGGCGGUGGUGACAGUGAGGCGGAGGGAGGCGGUGGUGACGGUGAGGCGGAAGGAGGCGGUGGCGAGGGCGAGGUGGAGGGAGGCGGCGGCGAGGGCGAUGCCGAGGGUGGUGGCGGAGAUGGCAAGGCGGAGGGAGGCGGCGGCGAGGGCGAGGCGGAAGGAGGCGGCGGCGAGGGCGACGCGGACGGCGGCGGAGGAGAUGGCGAGGCGGAGGGAGGCGGUGGUGACGGUGAGGUCGAGGUGGGCGGCGGCGGCGGCGAGGGCGAGGUGGACGGUGGCUGGGGCGACGGUGAGGGGGAGACGGCGAUGCCGGCGGCGAGGGUGGCGCUGACGGUGGCGAUGGAGAUGCGGGCGGCGAGGGUGGCGCUGAUGGCGCUGAUGGCGGCGAUGGAGAUGCUGGCGGCGACGGCGGCGAGGGUGGCGCUGACGGUGGCGCGGAUGGCGGCGAGGGUGACGCAGGGGGAGACGGCGAUGCCGGCGGCAUGGAUGGAGGUGAAGGCGGCGGCGGCGAGGGCGGCGGCGGCGAGGGCGGCGGCGGGCUCGGGGGCGGCGGGCUCGGGGGCGGCGGCGGGCUGGGUGGCGGCGGAGAGGGUGGCGGCGCGUUGUGGCGGUGGAUCGUGUGGUGCUGGACUCGGAAUCGGUGGCGUCGUGGGGCGGCGGCUUAUGGCGGCGGCGGUCUGGGCGGCGGCGGCGAUGGCGGCGGCGGGCUCGGAGGCGGCGGCGUCGGUGGCGUCGGGACUGGGCGGAGGCGGGGAGGGCGGAGGCGGCCUUGGAGGCGGCGGGCUCGGAGGCGGCGGCGAGGGCGGCGGCGGCGAGGGUGGUGGUGGGGAUGGCGGCGGAGGGCUGGGCGGCGGCGGCGAGGGAGGAGGCGGACUUGGCGGUGGCGGCGACGGAGGGGGUGGUGAGGGCGGCGGAGGAGAAGGCGGAGGCGGGCUUGGCGGCGGCGGCGAGGGCGGCGGCGAGGGCGGCGGCGGCGAGGGCGGCGGCGUUGACGGCGGCGGCGGCGAGGGCGGCGGCGUGGAUGGAGGUGAAGGCGGCGGCGGCGAGGGCGGCGGCGGCGAGGGCGGCGGUGACGGCGGCGGUGGCCAUGGCGGCGGCAAGGGCGGCGGGCUCGGUGGCGGCGGGCUUGGUGGCGGCGGCGAGGGUGGAGGUGGCGUGGGUGGCGGCGGCGAUGGCGGAGGUGGUGAGGGCGGCGGCGGCGACGGUGGUGGCGCAAGCGGAGGGCUGUUAUGCACCACGAUGUAG